AUGGUAUAUGCUUUCCUGAUCCAUUCUCUUGCUCCUGGUCCAUGCAGAAUAUUAUAUUCUUCGGUAUUUACACAUGAUUCUCUGGUAUGUAAAUUCUCUCACAGAACGUUGGUCGUUUUACUGUUGGAAUGAGCAACUUUUGAGAGUAUCCAUAGUCUGUGGAAAUAUUGGCUUUUCUUAGUAACUUGUUUAGAUCAAGAUGUUUAUUCACCCUUUCACUCCCAUGGCACUCUUGCGUGACCACAGAAAGGAAGGCAUUAUUUACUUCACGUUCCAGGGUGCAAAGAAAGUCAGUUUUACAGCCUGCCAUUCGGGCCAUGCCAGUAGUAGCUAGCAUGUACUAGCCCAUAAGUCACUUUAACUAGCCCCCAAACUACUUUCUGCCACUUUGGGAAAGUUUGAGCAUGAAAUCUUAGUCUGUUGACAGAAAAAGUCCAGGUCUUUUUUAAAAUGAGAUAUACAUGUACAUAGGAGACAAAUUUUGCCCUCUAUCUGGGAUAGAUAAUCUGAGUUGAUUGACUUAACAUAAAAAUCACCUGUCAAAGUUGCAUGAAUUCAUUAGUAUUAGUGCAGGUAAUUUUUUGCAUUAAGGGAUGGUGGUACAGGUACUGCCAUGGGCAACUUGUAGAGAGCAGCAUAGGUAUGGAUAAAAAUGGACACUGGGUAAAUUAAAAGGAUAUCUUGUUAUUAUAACUGUUUCAUUUCAGCCUGAUGGAGUUAUCAUUCAGGAUGAACGUGAAAGCAGAAAAGAGCAGUUGUUACAAGUUGCGCAGCGUGUACAGUCUGAGUAUUCAUUUCGGUAUGUGGCGUUGGGUGGUACAAGCCAUGAAGAUCUGUCUGGGUUAGCUUCAACAGAUGAGUAUGUAAUAAUAAUAAUAAUAAUAAUAAUAAUAAUAAUAAUAAUAAUAAUAAUAAUAAUAAUAAUCAGGGUUUUCAUUAAGAAUUCUAGUAGCAGGAGAAAGGUGUACAUUAAAAACCCGCAUACAAGAACACCCAUUCUCGGGUUUCAGGCUGAUUGGGUUCUUAUAUAUCGGGUAUUUUAGGUGAAAUCAGCGUGAAAGUGUUCUUAAGUGUUCCUAAUUUUUUAAUUCUAAAAAAAUGUAAGGGAUUUGCCAACUAUGAUGAAAUACAUAACUUUGAGAGAAAAUUAAACUUGAGACACACAACAUUAGAAAAUAAAUUGCACAACCGAGCUACAGACACUGUUCUAUUAAACUGAAAAGGGAAGAGUUUUUAUAUAUAAGAACAAUUUUCAAUUUUCAGGCUGAAUGUGUUCUUAUAUACAUGCUCCUUUUUUACCAAAUUUCAGCUGGGUGUUCUUAAUCCACAUGUUCUUGUAUGCGGGUUUCUACUGUACUGUCACACUGGAGAAUAUUUUGAAAGAGGCUCUACGUCUGAAUAGAAGGCUACCAGACCUUUGCUGGAGAAUUAUGUGUACUAUAGGAAAUGGAGAAUUCUUCGAUCUCCAAAGCCUAAUGAAAACCCUGAAUAAUAAUAAUAAUAAUAAUAAUAAUAAUAAUAAUAAUAAUAAUAAUAAAUUGUCACUUAUAUUUUGGAAGAAGGAGAAUUCUGAUACCAGAAAGCUCAGAAAAGAUUCCGAGCUCCAGGGUAGAAUCAAACUCACAACCCUCUGAGUUCUAGUUCAGACACUCUAACCACUGACCUAUUGAAGGCUCUAUGGUGGGAAUUCUUAGUGAGGGUGUGCCACCGAGCUCUCCAAAUCCUGACCCUUUUUCAGACCAAAAAAUUUCAUUUUCCACACCCGUUUUCAGACCCGGCCUUUAGGCAGAAAUUGUGUCAUCAUUACUUAAAUUAGAGUGCAAACAAAAAAUUCUUCAAAUGCGUUUUGUAUUUGUAUAUUACUUUCUAUUUCAUUCUUAUUCAUUUUUGAAACGAUGUUCUGCAAGCAUACAUUCCCGUAGUUCCCUCAAAAACCAUACCCGAUUCCAGACCAAAAUGGGCAAAGUGUAUACCUGUUUUUCUGCCAAAAAGGCUCAAAAACCACACCCUUUGGGGCAGCACAUACCUAUAUGGCUUAUGGCUCUUUUAUCAACAGAUUUUCUCACUUACUGACCCCCUGAGAAACCUUGUCCUGACAUUGCUUUUAUACCAUCACUCCUUAAGUGUGUUCAAAGCUGAGAUGACGGGUAUCAUGAAUAAUGUCUUUUUAAAAUAAUUAUGAACAUUUAUUUAUACACUUACGCAAAAAUAUUAAUCUUUGAAUUCCUGCCCUGCACAGAUUAUGCGGACGGUUAUUUUCUACUGCAGGUCAACCAUAUUCCACUUUAAGUGUCCUUUAAGUGUUGUAUUUUCAGCCAUUUGAGCCUGAGUAAAAAAAGAUUUUAUCUACUUUAGAGAAAUCAUUUUAGCCACAUAUUAUUUUGAUUGAAAGAGGUGUUAAGAACAUUACAACACUAAAACAAGGCUUAGUCAAAUUCAUAGGACUGUGUAGUUUUUCAUUGGCAGAUGCUCAAUUUUUUUUGUUUCAAAGCAAUGUAAUAGUCGAGAGAAACUUUCUUUAAGUCUGUCCUAUCUGGUUUAGUUUCUAAAAAUUAAUGUCUUGUGAACAAAUGUUGUGCAAUGGACAUUACACAGAAUGUUGUGGAUCUGACUGUCUAUGAGUUUGUCAAUGAAAAUUUUGUACAUUAUCAUAUAAUGUUUUAGGGAGCUAAUGUAUUACAUUUACCAUUAUUAUAUAUGACAAUUAUAUGAAGUCCUUGUAUUAUGGGAAUAUGAAUGCAAGACCCACAUAGUCAGAAAGAACACGACAGCAUGCUUUACAAAAUCCUCAAGUUUGAUGUUAAUCAGGUCAAUAAUUAUUGAACAAGAUAGAGUUAUUCAAGACCCCCAAAUGUUGCUAAGAAAAUACAGAGGUUUUCUGGUUAUCUAUACAUUUCGUUAGCAAUAAUCUGGGCCCAUCCCCUGUAAAAGUUAUAUAGCUGACCGAGUUAGAACUCUAAAUUUCCUGUCCAAUGUGAUGACUUAUGUUUAGUUUGUAUUUUUCACAGACUUCUGUCAAAUUUGAAAACAGGUUUUUUCAGGUAAGCAUUUUCUCUUAUUUCUGCUAUCUUUGUUGUCAUUCAUAAUAUUUUUCUAUUACUGGUCCCUGAUUGCAUGGUUGAUGUAAAUCCUCAAUAAGAACAGAUGCUAGUUGAAAAACCACCAAAGAAAGAUGCGACAGAAACGUAUUGGCGUAUCAAUCCAAAAGAAAAGCAAGUACAAAGACCUAGAACUGGAAAUACAGAGAAUGUGGCGGAUGAAAACCAAAGUGAUCCCUGUGGUAAUAAUUAUUGUUGGUGCACUUGGUACAACAGUAAAGAAGGGGAUUAUAGAAAACAUCAAGAAAGUAUCAGAGAGAGCUAUAAUAAUAAUAAUAAUAAUAAUAAUAAUAAUAAUAAUAAUAAUAAUAAUUAUUAUUAUUAUUAUUAUUAUUAUUAUUAUUAUUAUUAUUAUUAUUAUUAUUAUUAUAGUAAUGAAUAUAUAGAAGUAGCUGAGAGUUUUUUUAGCCAAUCAAAAAUGGAGUUCAAGUAUUUUGAAUGAAUCAUUGUUAAACUAUUUUUUAUUCAACUGGUAUUAUUUUCUCUCCCUAAGUAGACUCUCACAAGGAACUCCAUUUGCAGUGGAAAGAAUAGCUCUGUGGAAGGGACUGGCAAAGUAAGUAGAAGCAGUUUAAUUCUCUUUGAAAGUGUAGUAUCUGGGGGAUUUACAGGUUGUACAGAAUUUGUUGCUUUCCCAGAAUACCUUGAUAUCUUGCUUUGCCUUGGUCAAAGGGGUUGGUUGGGGUAGGUUGGAGGAGGGGAGGUAAUAAUGUAUUAAAUCGACGUUUCUUUAUAGUCACAUGCCUUCUAAGUUCUGAUUGAAUGUGCCUUUGAAAAGUAUUAGGAAAUUAAGAAAAGUUGCCACAUUAUGUUGCAAAAGAAGCAUUAUUAUUCAUUCAAAAUAUUUCUCGGUUUCUGAUUGGCUAAAAUCCCACGCAUAAUUCAUCAUAACCAUAACUAUAAUUUGUCAACCAAAUUUGGAAGAAUUUAAUUGUGAUAUGUGCAAAAUGAUGUCAAUGGUGCUGCAGAAAAUUGCCAGAUUAUUGAAGUUUUAACCUAGAAGACCUGGGGAUGAGGUCUAGUUGUUUUGGGUAGUGAGUAAAAAAAUGACAGAACAUUUGAUUCGUUUCACAAGGAAUAAAUAGGCAAGCUAUUUGCUAAAAACGUAGCAAGAACAGCAAUAAGACAACUCGAUGGGUGACAUCUGCUACUGGAGAAUAUUUGUAGAGCUGAACAACGCUUUAUCUCCUAAACUUGCCAAUUAACAUGCUCUAUCAAAGAUGAACUUUGAACAUUGAUGGAGGUAAGCAUGUUUUAGCUUGUUUUCAUACUAGAAUUAUUUUGAAUGAAUAAUUAAAACAAUUAUUGAAUCCGGCUUUCAUAAUUUAUCAUUCAAAGAAUUAUGGAGAUCUCAGAGAGUGUUAUCUGACGUUGAGAGUCUGUUAUAAAGGCUGCCAUUUUUACCUAUCCUUUGUCCCUUUGCCCCACCUAUGGCCCAAUCUACAAAAAAACUAACCCCUGAAGUUUGUAAAGAUGCCUUUGGCAUCAUAAAUCAUAAAAAUUAUUCCACUCAGUCUUUGUUCUUUUAAAAAUGCAAUUUUAUUGUUUAAUAACUGUGUUCCUUAGAAAGAUGUGGGUGCCUGGGAUGUCUAGGGGCUUCCACUUUUGCCAGCUAGCCCCAAGACAGAGUUAUGCCACAGUGCUUUGAAGCCUUCACAGGGCAAUAAACUUUCACUUGUUCGCUCGUCUGAGAUGAGUAGGUUUUGUACUCAGACAACUGAAACUCAUAAAGCACUUGUCCAGCUGGACGAGUAAAAUUUAUCUUGAGCAGAAACACUACAUCACCUCAACAGCAACUUCAACACACUCAAGCAGUGCCCAAACAGCUAAUGAUAAGCAGCCGAAGACAAAACUGCCACCCCUUCCUGUUAAUAAUUAAUAGUUAUGGAGUCUGAUGACAAUGCAUGACAGUACUGUAAAGAAUUACACUCACUUUCUCUUUCGACAAGUGGAUUUUAUGUUCGGACAACCAGAAUCUGCAAAGUAAUUGUCUGGUGGACUCGUAAAGUGAAAAGAAAGUUUUUUGUCCUGCUUGAGUGAUGAGUCUCCAUACCAAUGGGACCAGGUACCUGUCAUGCUAAUUUAUUCUUAAGUGGAAAAAUAAAAAGUGGGAGGGAUGGGCAGGUAAAUGAAUGAUCCAGAGGCUGGUAAACAAAGAACUAGAGUGGCCACCAAGAAAUGCUGUAUUAAGCUCAUGGAGCUGAGCCACCACACUGACGGCUAACUGACAACAUGUGACAGCUGUGCUCCUUAAUGUUGCUAUUUGUGUUAAAUUUCAUAUAACUUCAUAUUAAUUAAUAAUUUUUUUAAUGUUUUGUUUUACACAGAGUGAAUAAAAUUAUUCUUUUUAAUUAUUAAUAUUAAUGGCUAUGGUGGUCAGCUCAAUUAUUUUACCUGUCUUUUCCAGCUGUGGAUUCACUUUAAUUUGUGAAAAGGAUGAAAACCGCCUUGUUGCAGAGAAUGUUCUGAAUCUCAUAAUCAGACAUCUUCAAGAAUAUUGCCAAAUACUUCUACAGCCUUCAGAGGUACAUUAUUUUUUGUCCAAGUUUUACACGUAAUAUAUGCCUCAAGUACCCUGCCUCAGGCAUUCAGAUGUUGGGGAGUGAGUUAAAUCGUACACGGGAAAAAUGACUAUAUCUGAAUGCCUGGAAUGGAUGGCUAUGUCUUAAGUGACUUUCAACUUGCAAUAUCAUGAUUAUCAUAAUAAUACAGUCGAACCACCUGUAUUUUAAUACAUGGUCACCCUUUAUUAAGUGGUCACUUACCAAAGUCCUAGAAAUAGCUUCCCUUGAUUACUACCAAAUUAUUCACCUAAAUGUCACCUCAGUCUAUUAAGUGUUUGUGGUCACCUUAGUUUUCAGAGGUGCCAACAAGUUAUUUUUUUAGUCUGACUGUUAAUCACCUCUAUUAAAUGGUCACCUUGACGAAAUGUACCAUAUGCUCCUGCAACAGAUUCUUUGGGUUUCUGGGGAAACUGCCCACCUACCCCUCCCCUAAGCCAACAUUUUGCCCUAAGUGAGUAGUAAGUGAUAAUGAUGGCAUAGGGGAGGGGUAGGUGGGCAGUUUCCCAGAAACCUAAGUUGAUCAUUUUUUUUUACUUCCCUUCUUUUGGCACUUGAAGGGCUAGAAACAGUCUGAGGACAAUGUCAUGGGACACAUAUUUCACUCUUUCAACAGCUUCAUUUUUCAAAAAUUUUUUAAUACUGUUACUCAAAGGUUUUUCAUUAAGCUUUAUUAAGUAGUCAGUAAUCCAUUCCCCAACGUAUUUGGGUAAUACAGUUUUGACUGUAUCAAGGUUAAAAUAUUUGAUUAUUACAACUAGUGGGGGUGCCUAUCAUUGAUCUUAUUAAUAAUAAUUUUUAAUUUUUAUUGAACAAAUGAUUAAAAACCUUAAAGCACCGCGAUCCCGGGGGGGGGACUCCCAUAUGAAACAGAUGGGGAUGCUCGUCGGAAAUUUUGAAUUUAACCCCUAAAGGAGACCAUCUGGGCAUGGCUCAAGCUUUUUGUGACCCCUAAAGGAGACCAAUCUGGGCCUGGCUUAAGCAAAUUUUGACCCCUAAAAGGGACCGCUUAAAAACACACAAAUACGACAUGCAAUGAGUUUUAAUGAUAUAAAGACAUAAUCAUCGAAUGCUUUUAUCUAAAAGGCAUUGCCAUAAAUGCCAAGUUCUUCGCGGAACCCUAAUUGGCUUAAAAUAUUGGCGCUUUUCCCGCAACACCCUAAGUGAGACCAAAAUCCAAAAUUUACACCCCUAAGCAAGACGACAAGCAUCCCCGUCUGUUUCAUAUGGGAGUCCCCCCCCCGGGACCGCGAUAUAAUUAGUUAUAGAAAAUAUUCAAUCAAUCAUUGCGGAAAAAUUAGCCAUUUAUGUGAAAAGUAGGAACACACAGUGCCCUCAAUAGGAUUUGAACCCUCUGUAUUCAGGAUUUUAGUCAAGAUAAAAGGGUAUGUAGUUUAGUAUUACAAUUUUGUCUUUAGUUAUAAGUACCAUUGGUUGCAUCUAAGUGUGUACAUGUGGCAAAAAAAACAGGUUCUAAUUGGGUGCAAACAUGACAUGUUUUACCAUUAAAAAUGAGAAGUUUGGGGUGGCAUUCUAGACAAAAUAAUGAUCUCGUGCAAAGUAGGUGGCUGUCUGUCUGCUUGAUUGUUUUCACACAACAAACAAAAUAUUCAUCCAAGAAUUUUUAGACGUUACGCAGAAUUGCUGGACUUGUAAAACUCCAAAGAAAAUGUUUUUUUAAUCAUUAUUUUGUCUCUUUUCCAUGCUUAGAUGCAACCGACUUCAACAGAUGGUAAUGAUUUUAAUUUGUAGGCCAUUCUUAAGGCAGACAAGGUCACUGCUGUAAUGCAUCAGCUUCUUCCAGAAGGCCAGGUAAACACUGUAAUCUCUGUUAUGAGCCCCUAGCUAGGAGAGGGGUACAUGGGGCUUAUUUUCUAACCAGUUGUGAGAUCGUCGCAGAUGUAAUUUAACCCUGGCUAGUAAUGACAAUGAAGCAGCACCAAAAUCUUUGUUCCAGGCCCCCAACAGAGUGAACAAAUUACCAUAAAUGCGUUUCGACCUUCAUUUCAACUUCAUUGCCCAAUCAACAAUGGCUUAUUUAACAGGCCAAUCAUGGGGUGUACUCAAAUCCUGAUAUACAGAUGGUAGCCUAGAACAAGGAUUUUGGCGCUGUUGCAGACGGACUUAACCAGAGUUUAGUUUAAAAUUGUCUGUCCCGCAGGCUAGUUGUGGGGAGGAGUUAUUGGAGACGGGGUAUUAUUAUGGUUAGAGAAGGGGCAACAUGUUAAAAACUGGAGCACCAACUCUAUGUAUUUCAUUUUAUUACAUAUACUGUAACAGUUGCAAACUCAUUAAUCAGUCACCUAUCUUACACCAAAACUUUGAGUUGACAUUCAGAUAAUCAUACUUAUUUGUUUUCAAUAAGAGUUUUGUUCAUGUUUCUUGACUGUUAAGUGUAACAGUCAUAAAAUAUGACUAUUAUAGGGAAUAUAAAAUUAAUGCUUAUUACAGAAGCAAAGGGGGCUUGAAAACUGUUUAAUAUAAGAGGAAAGUGGAAAAGAGAUGUGGUACUGGUAAUGUUGGGGGGGAGGGGCUAAUGAGAGAUAUCACAGUAUUUGAUGCAUUAUUCAUCAUAAAGAUAGUCAAAGAGUUCAUAAAACACAGGGAAAGAAUGAGGUCAAUUUCUAACAAUCUGGACUGAGCAAGCUUGUUCGUUAAAAUGUAAAUUAUUAAUAAUUAUAGUGAAAGAAAAGGUCCGCACUCUUUCUCGUUUCUCAGACGUCAUUUGGCCUGGAAACCAGUUGUAGCGUCGCCAAAUGUUGGCUGUUUUCACAGGCUAUAGUUUCAGUUGCUAUCCUUUUAUUUAUCAUUGGUAACUCUCAUGCAUUUAGUUGUUGUUGAGGUUGACACUUUCAUUGGGAGUGUUUAUGUGCAAGCCUACAGACAUUUUUUUUUCUGUUAAAAUAUUUAAGAAAGUAGUUUAGAAGUUUUUUUAAUUGCUUUUGUUUUCUCCUUUUCAGCUGCUGUUUAUGAACAACCGGUUCUUGCGUCAAGUGGAAAAAGAGCUGGAACAAGUUGUCAAUGCUAAAUAA